AAUGCAGGGGGACCUGAGGCCGCCAGGAAGGCUCCGCAUUUCAAGGAAUACAGCCGGUCGGAAAUAAUGGUGGAACGUAAUUGGAUAAAACACAUGUUGGAUAAACUGAGCACAACCUUCACGGACCGGGCCGUUUGUGUUUGGGGUCAGUCGGCUCAAAUUUCAGCGCCCUUAUCCCAAGUCACAGGACGUCGGUAGCCGCCUGUCCGGCUUGCUAGCCCGCAGUCCUUCCCAAAAUCUCCGCUCCGGAGUCACGGACCUCAUCUGUUUUUUAAUAGCAUCGCGAAAGCUAGCCAGCCUCGCACGGAAACGGACCUGGGCAUAUGAUACCCGUCUGCUUUCGUUACAGUGAAGGUAUGACCUGCUAGUCCUCUACUGCAAAUCUGACGCUAGGAUCGAGCUAGCAUCAUCUGGAGUUGGAUGGACCUGCGGCUCACACAGCAUCCCUGCCCGCGGCGCGUUCAAGCCUGCGCUUCUGCGGCGGAAUGCUAACUAACGAGGAAGCGGCUUUAACAUGACGAGGAACAUUUUGUCUCUCAACUGCCCAAGGCUUUCGGGAGCAACGCUGGCAUUUUAUACAUGCCAAAUGUAAUGACCGUCCCGAGGUUGCACCAUGUAUGUGGCUGGCCGUGUCUGUCUCCAGCCCCGCGGAUGACACUCACACAGGUACCGGCGUUUCAAAGCGAACAGCGGCGGCGCGGACACACCGUCGCCGGGUAGCGCUGAGAGACUCAACGGGGGCUUGCUAGCGCCAAGCUAGGCGGCUAACAGCACAAUAUUUAGAAAAAAAAAAAUCCCUAACAAAUACCAACACCAAUGGUAUCCCAUAAGGUUUUAGUCGCAAUAAUCUUACUAAACGUGUAUAUAGGUGUACAGUCCAUUUUUUACUUAUUCGGCGGCGUCCUAUUAACGGUCUUGUUUGCUAUGGCAUUUUUAAAUGGACCCAGGCUGCUGGACUGGGCGAGCUCACCUCCACAUCUUCAGUUUAACAAAUACGUCCUAACGGGAUACCGGCCAAUCUCCUCCGUGCAGGACUGCAUCAGAAGCCUGUUUUACCUGCACAAUGAACUUGGAAACAUAUACACUCAUGGCAUUCCUUUGGUUUGCUUCCUGGUGCUGCUGCCUCUCAAUAUUCCCUGGUCUCAGAUCAGCGUCACGUGGCUGGGUGUGGUGCACUUUCUGGCUUGCCUGUCGCCCCAGCUGGGCUCUGUGCUCUACCACCUCUUCAUGAACCAUGAGGGAGGGGAGCCCGUCUACCACACCCUCCUCAAGCUUGACGUUUGUGGAAUCUGCAUGAUCAACACACUGGGGGCUCUGCCCAUUGUCUACAGUACACUGCUGUGCUACCCGUUCAUCCGCACUGUUGCCCUGUUAGUCUACAUCCUGCUGUCCAGCCACGCCAUCUACUGUGCCGUGACGGCUCGGAGCAGUGUCCGCCGGCUGCGCUCCUUCGCCUGGCAGGCUCUUUUCCGUUUUUCCUUCUUCCUGCUCCGCUGGGUGGGCGUGGGCGGUGGCAGCCCCACCUCUCUACGCCACUUCCUCAUGAUGGACGCGCUGGCCGUGCUGGGCGGGGUCAUCAACAUCACACGCAUCCCCGAACGCUUCCGCCCGGGCCUCUUUGACUACUGGUGCAACAGCCAUCAGAUUAUGCAUGUUCUGGUGGUGGGCUCCAUCCUCUACCUGCACUGGGGCGUGCUGGACGACCUGCUGUGGAUCAACAGCUACAACUGUCCCUCAGACUGACCCCGUCAGCAGCCCCCGUCUCCUCAUAAGGAGCACUGGGGUGUCAGAUUAAAGGACAGUCUUGGGGGAGGGGGUUGUCUGGAGAGGGAAGGGGCAACAGGGGAAAUCAGGGGGAACUGACGCAGUGAGGUGAGACGAUAUGUCGCCUGUGCAUGUGGUCACCUCACGCGCUCAAACUCAGAAUGUCCAUAUCUUCGUCCAUCUCAGUACUGUGUGCGAAUACAGGCAAGUAACACGCACAAGCAUUUCGACUCCCUCACUCGCCACAAACAUGGACGCACACGUGUAUACGGACACACACACACACUCACUCACUCACAAAAAUAUAAAAGGAAAUAUUUUUAAUCAGUAAAUUUAUCAGCUGAGUGUUGAACACUAUGAAGUCUUAGGUAGAGGCUCCAGUGAAAGGUUACCGUGGAGUUUGAAGCUUUUACUUGAUAGCGGAAGUUUCACUCGAGCACCAUUCGAUGUGGUUGAUUACGACAGUCUGUGGCUAAAUGAUAUCACAUGCUCAAGUUCUCUUAGAUGUCACUGUUGCUACCUAUGCAGCACAUCCAUGUUUCAGCUCAUGCACAUCGCAUACACAACACAGACUCAGACUCCCUCACACCUAUAUUUUUAUACUACAUGUACAUACUGUAAGUGCUGCACUAAGCACUGAGAGAGUUUUCACUUUGUCCAUCUGACUGAAUUUUACUGCACUGGUUGUUCUGUUUGUGUUUCCUUGUUUUCUGCCACUGCCUCUGUCUCGGUGUGCGUCGGCCUGAUUUGUCCUCACUGUCACAUGAUGACGAGGCGAUGAGGAUGGGUGAGGGGGUUCAUUCCUGGCUUUGGCCACACGUUAGAAUCAGUCGAGCAGUGUUAUCAGCUUCGUUUGCACCUGAACUCAGUGCCAAUGAAACUCAGGCAUUUAGAAUCAGAGAAGAAACUGCACACGUUUAUAGACUGUGUUGUUCAGAGGCAUUACUGUUUGCCAAACGUCUGCUUGUCUUGUUUGUUUAUGACAGCCUCAUGCCAUAAGGAAGAUUUUCACCACUACUUCCUUUUAUGUAAGAUGAGGUUUUAUAACUUUUCUGCUCGUUUGUUUUUGUAAACCACAAUAAUUUACAUUUUAAAAAUGAUUUUAGAUGAUAAUAGUGUCCAAAGAUGACGUGACACUGAAAUGCCACCAUAUUUACAUUAAAUCCUGACGUACCUGUGACAGCAGGAUGCACUAAUCGUUAAUGGGUUGCCACAACAUUUGCCAACUUUUACGGCAACUUAAAUCUAAUUAUAAGUUCCUGAAAUUUUUAAAUAUUUUUACACUGCAACUGUUCAGACAAACAAAACAAACAAAAACCAACCUACCUAUUGGUACAGUUUGCACAAAAUACUGUCAUCAAGAAACAUAUUUAUUAUUCUUUGUGUUUAGUUGAAACUGUCUGCAGAUAUGGAUAAUAAUUGUGUGUCUGUCAUCUGCUUUAACGGUUUACGUUGUUGCUGUGCUGGCUGACGGGUCAGGUUAGAGGUCAGAGAACAUCUUUUGUGCAAAUCCCAAGGAUUAGCUUCUCAUUUUCACCCUUCACACUGUUUUUCCCCAGCGAUUUUUGACUCCUGUGUCUCACAGUAAGAGAAUAGACCUGUCUCCAUGCACAUGCCAUUCAUAAUAAUCAGCAAGGAAAAACACUGUUAUGUGACUCUUAAAUCUUGUGCAGUGUCAGUUUUCCUGAGGCUCGAAUGAACCCGAUUCUACUGUAUUUGGAUGUUUACUUUUACGCUGACCGCAGAUAUUGAUGGUUUACAGGGGUCGGUUGUUAUUGCCACUUUAUACUUUCUUGUUUGAAUGCACAACUUUUGCUCUGCAGCUGGAUUUGUGUCCUGUGGCAGAGCACAGCUUGACUUGCACUUAUUUUUUUUAAACCCGAAUAGAGGUCAGACACUUUCGAGUGUUUUUUAAGUGGUGGAGUAUUUUAUUAAGCUGCUGACGUAGCCGAGCAGGAAUGAACCCCUACACCCUCUUGUCAUGUAUAAGUUACAGGGGUUCUGUGUGAAUGUUCCUUCACGCUCGAGACUAGUGAUUGAAGCCUGAUUUCUUUUCUAAAGGCAGACUUGACUUUCUUAAUGACAUUGCACUUGUUUCCCAUGCCAACAGUCGACAACAGCCGCCCACUGACUAGUUGCCAAUCCAGCCACCCCCACUUCAUCUCGCCAAAUUAGCAGUGUCUGAGGUGUUCCUGUGCUAACACUGACUCAUAGGUGAAGAUGGAUUUCCCACAGUCCUCGUCACGCACCUCAGCCUCAGACUGCCCCCACCCCCCACCCCCCAGCCCCACCACUUCCCCACCCCUUGCCUUGAUGAAGGGUCAGAAACUGUGCGUCUCCUAGUCUCACUCUGACGCACUGAUUAUUACCUACUAUGACGGUGGUACAAUGUAAAAGCUGAAAUUAAUGUACUUUUGGCCACUGAAUGAAACUGACAAAAAUGCAUGAAAGUAGCUGUGAAACAGAAACUGAUGUCUCAUAGUGUUAGCUAACUGUUUGUUCAUUGUAGCCGUCCACAGGCCGUUAAGACACUUCUGGAAAUGACUGCGUGGGUAGGCGGGGGCUGGGAGGGUAGCCGGUUGGUGGGUGGGGGUUUGGGGGGAGGGGGAGGGGAGAUGAUUGAACAGAUCAGAUCGGCGACAAUACAUCACUAUCAAAUAAACUGCACUGUUCAUUGUUCUCAAAAGGGCUUUGAAUCAAAGUAAACUACAAUUCUGAAUCAUAUUUAAAGUCCAUAUAAAUAAUGUAAAUACAUGUAUGUAGAUUAUAUAUACAUACAGUGCAGAAAAUAUACCCUUAUAUAAUUCAUUUUUGAUACAUACACAGUAUGUUAAGGAAAGAAAAAUAAGAAGACAUGGGUUUAAUGGUUUGCCAUAUAUAAGCUGCUGCUCUCUUUCACAGCCAAAGCGAGACAUGAGAGAGGGAAGUGGACGCAGCUCGGUGGUGGUGCUUCAGAUUAAUAUCAAAGACGUGUGUUUGCUUAGCUAUAUCCAUAUGUAUGUGAACAACACAGAAAAAAACUGAACCUGUUUUCAGUGCUAAUGUAGAGUUGUUUGACCUUUUGUGACCCUAACUAAGAAUGCUUUUCAUUAUUUAAGUGUAACCGCGGUUUUUUUAGACACGUGGGUUAAGACAUUUGUGACCAUCGCGGGGGGAAUCUUGGCGGGCAUGUGAAUACCUCGUGACUACCACUGGUCUAUCUAUGCAUUAUCAGCCGAGGGAUACGAAACCGUGAGGUCGAUCUGUGUUUGUUUAAAAAGAGCUCUCUGGUCUGCUGUAACGGAGGGCUUCACUCCAACAUCCUGGGUCUCCCACUUCUCAGGGUGCCAUAACAGUAGCUGUAACAUCCAAGGCCCGACCUCUGCUGUCUGAAACAUGGCUGUUAGGUUUAAGUCUACCUCCACCUGCCCUCUUUGUCCAGUCUGUCCACAUUAUGAAGCUACGGAAAAGAUUGGACAGAAGGGAAAGAGAAGGUGGAAAGGGAGUUUUUCUCUGAAAGUCAUGUUACAGUAGUGGAACCUGGCCAGAAAAAUUGGUCUUUGUCUUUUUUUUGUCUGUAUGUUAAAUGAAAAAAAACAAAAACAUGAUGUAUGAAAACAUCACUAACAAAACAAAAUUCUGUUUUUUUUUUAAUAUAACACAGGUGCCGGAUAGCCUGUUAAUGACCUGUUUAUAAUGGAUUACCUGUAUUGUUAUAUACUGAUAAUUAUGAUUACUGUUAUUCUGUGGAUCCUAAUAAUGACACUGGUCUAUAUGUACAGAUAAUGAGACAAGCCCUUUCCUUUAGGAUGAAGGGAGCUUUCAGGAGGGUCUGUCUGUUAUUGUUUCUUCAUAUCUGCAAUGUCGUGGCAUUUUUACACUGACAAAGGAGUGAGUGUGGCUCCAUCUAGUGGAAGUUCAUGUGCACUGAUGCAGGCAUUACUGUAGCCAUACUGCAGCCGAGUGAACCUAACUGAUAGGUAGUAAUACCGUCAGCGCUGGCGUGCAGUUAUUCUCCAGGGUUGUUAAUUUAUAUUUCCAGGCCAUGUGUGUACACAUGUGUGUAUGAGCUCUCCUGCAGAACCCAUACAAGCAUGAAAUCUGUAUGUUGUCCGGUUUACUUUCUCCCGUUGCACUGACGGGGUGCUGAUUGCAUCCCCGGAGUGCCUCGUUAUCCAGUCUGUGCGCUUGCAAAUUACCGUGCACGAACACAGACACACAGUUUGUCCCUGUGCUGUGGUUCACACAUCUGUCCAACAUUAGUGUCCUGUGUAACAGACAGGCUCUCACACUCCUCAGUCUCCAGCAACGAUUGUGCAAUAAACUGAAGUCUAUAUUUUUAAAAAAAAAUGCCUGUAGGACAUCUUUUUCAUCCAUUUUUAGUUUAUUGAGAUAUGUGUGUGUGUGUGUUGGUGUGUGUGUGUGUGUGUGUGUGUAUUUAGAGUUAGUGUAAAGGUUAGUGUGUAGUUGAGGUAGUUAAAGUUACAGAGUUAUCAAAGAGAUUGAGAAGCCUCGCACAAGCUUACAUCAAUUUAUAUAAUUAAGACGUCUUACUUUUAAUGUCACAUUACCAAACAGACAUUGAUUAUUUUUCAGUAAUGUAACUGUGCUACUUUGGUGAAGAUUGGGCGGGUGUGAGGUUCUUUUUGGGCCAGGGAAUGCAUUACAUGCUCACAAGUGUGCAUGUUUAAUUAGGACUGAACGUCCCCACAAUGACAGAGGGGAAAUCCCACAAAGUGAGGACACUACUUGGCCUCAACUCAAAUUCAUGUAGUGAACCAGGCUAGGGAUUACUUUAUAUCAAAUGAUGACCCUCACAAGUAUGGAAGUGUGUGCGCAUGUGUGAUACGGAUUAAACGUCCUCACAAUAAUGUAAAGAUAAGAAAGCAACGACCUUGCACGGGUUACAGCUCAGGUGUAAGGCUCCACAAAGGGCUCCACAUCAAUACAGUAUUCCCACUAAUUUGGGAGACGUGCAUGAGACAGUGGUCAGAACUGAAGCAGCAGAGGUCAAGAUUUCUGAUCCCUUGGAUGGGACAAAAAGGCCAGAGCCUACAUUUCCCAUAAUGCAAGUCACUUGUGUCUCAGUACCCACAUCUGUCAAAUUUGUCAUCCACAGUUUGGAAAGCAGAGUUUUUAAGUUAAAAUUGGGUUUGGUGUGGGAGUCCAUCAGUCAGUUGUGUGUAAUAUUAGUAAGAUUAAGAGUUAAAGGAUAUAUUUAAAUCAAUUAGUGUACAGAGAAUCAAAAACAACUGAUCACGCAGUCGUCUCAUCACUUUCCCAACAUGUCUCAUAAUGUUGCAGCACAGGCUGCAUGAAAACCUUUCCUGUCAGAUUUCAGGGUGAACUGCAUCUCCACCCUCAGCUGCACGUCUCAGCAGUGCAUCACUUCCAGCUGAAGCCUCUGUGACCCGGUAAUGCUUUUUAACCCUUUUUGUGGUCACUGUGCUCGUCAGAAACGAAGCCAAGGGUGCAGU